AGACGCAUGCCACAUUGCCUCUAUGUGGGCACUUUAACAGAUCUUUCGGGGGGUUUUUCCCAGUAAGGGGGCAGUGGAGGGAGGCCUUUUUUUUUAUUUUCACUCUCUGAUGACUGUUUGCACGGCUGAUUAUUGAGUUGAUUGUUUAUUAUUUUGGCCGCUGUUGUCCGCCGCCUUGUGCGUUUUUUUCCUCCCCCUUUUUGGAUUCGGCGACCUAACGCGCGCUCACCAAUGUCCUAUCCUCAGGGUUACCUCUACCAGCCCCCGGGCUCUCUGGCGCUGUAUUCAUGUCCGGCUUACGGGGCCUCGGCUCUGGCCGCCCCGCGGAACGAAGACUUGGCGAGGUCGUCGUCUGGCUCAGCCUUCAGCCCAUAUCCCGGGUCAGCUGCUUUCUCCGCUUCGGCCGGUGCAGGCUUCUCCACUCCACUGUCAUACUCCACGGAUCCAACCACGGGAUUCCCAUCGUACAUGUCCUCUCCAUACGACGCGCACACCACAGGCAUGGCCGGGGCGUUGAGUUAUCCCCCUUACGGGAGCCCAGGAUACCCCUUCCAGCUCAACGACCCGGCUUACCGCAAAAAUGCCACCAGGGACGCCACGGCCACCUUGAAGGCCUGGCUGCAGGAGCACAGGAAGAACCCGUAUCCGACGAAAGGAGAAAAAAUCAUGCUGGCAAUUAUCACCAAGAUGACCCUGACGCAGGUCUCUACUUGGUUCGCAAACGCCCGGAGGAGGCUCAAGAAGGAGAAUAAGAUGACAUGGGCACCCCGGAAUAAGAGCGAAGACGAGGACGAAGAGGACGGGGACGGCGAGAGGAAAGAAGUGGAGCGCUCAGAAAAAACCCUGGAUAACAGCGAGGCUUCAGCGGAGGAUGAAGGCAUCAGCUUGCACGUAGACACCCUGACGGACCAUUCCUGCUCGGCAGAGUCAGACGGGGAGAAGGUCAGCUGUGUGGGCGAGCUUGGCUCUGAACAAGCCGGCGACAAAUGCGAAGAGGACGGCGAGGACCCAAACCGCGACCAGCGGGCUCAGCUUUCACCUAAACCCGUCACGUCAUCGCCACUGACCGGAGUAGAAGCUCCAGUUCUCAGUCAUCAUCAUCACCACCACCACCACCACCUCCACCAUCUCCACCACCUCCACAGCCAACGCGAGGAUUUAGCCCGGAGCCUCAUCAGUAGCAACAAUAUUAACACCAAUAAAUCCUCCUCAUGCCUUGACAACAGGCCUUCUUCGGGAGCGCCUCCUAACCCCACGGUCAAACCCAAAUUGUGGUCGCUGGCGGAAAUUGCUACCUCGGACCAAAAGCAGCAACAUCAGCAACAGCAACUGGGGCAGUCAACUGGGCAACCAAAUUGCCCCUCCUCCAGCGGUGGACUUCUCACUUCCCCAACGCCUUCCGCAGCCUCCCCGGCUGCCAGUUCGCCCUCCCUCUACCCGCCCCCCUCCAUCCUCGGAAGACCUAUUUAUUACACUUCACCCUUUUAUAGCAAUUACACAAACUAUGGCAACUUCAGCCCCCUGCAGGGUCAAGGGAUCCUGCGGUACACUAAUUCAUCUGGAGUGAGUCUGGCUGCUGCCGCCGCCGCCGCCGCCGCCGCUGCUGCAAACGAGGGUCUCAGUUCCUCUCAGCAGGCUCUGGAGGCCAGCACAAACCCCAAACAUAGGCCAGACUCUCCCCUCGUUAAAAAUAAUCCAAACCAGAUUGUUGUUGAGCAGCAGCAACAGCAUUUCAGAACCGCAAAUUUAGAAGCAAAGAAAGGUACGUAAAAUAUGACGCGGUAAAAAAAAAAAUCAUAAUAAUUAAAAAAGAGAGACUAACUUAUGAAAACUUAUUUAAUCUAGUGUUGAGUCCUAAAUUUGUAUUUUAAUUCAACCCUGUAAGGAAAUGGCGCCACGCUGGAGGUAAAAUGAGCUCACUUGUUUCCAAUGCAAACUAACUGGUUUUCUUUGUCACUUCCAUGUGUCACUGCAAUGACACCAAAGCAUGAUCUGAACUCUUUAGCCUUGUUUCGAGAAAGAAAAAAAAAAAAAAACACAAAUGGCAACAAAACAGAACAAAAUGAAGCCUUCAUAUUCAAGCGAUCUUUCACAAGAAACAGCUAACACGACGUGAUUUUUCACUUGUGCUAAGAAGAGUACAUUUUUAGGACUGAAUAUGAGACUAAAUGACUUAUUAAGUUGGACAUUUUUCAGCGCAGUAAGGAAAUGAACGCGCACUAUGGCCUGUUAUUCGUUUUCAUUGCAGUAAUCUCCCGGAGUAAUCAAUUUAUAAUUGCCCACCAGCCCUUAAAAAAGAAAAUAAAAACUACGCAUAUUUUGAUCUUUCCGAUGAUCCCACGGGAUCAUAAGAAUCCGUUGACGGGGUUUCUAUUUGCAACAAUCUUGCCUUACAAAGCAGUAGGGAUAUAGCAUACAAGCCAAUUGCAAACAAAACUUACAAGAUCGCGUCUACAGAUACACAUUAAAACAACACUAUGAAGGACGGGCCUUAAAUAAGCUUAUCCGCGCGCGCGCGCGCACACACACACACACACACACACACACACACACACACACAGUGGGCACCCUGUGAAUCCAAUAAGCAGACAAAAUGUUGCCAUAGUUUUGAGCAGGAAUCCUAUUUUUAAUGUUUCCUGUGUGUGCGCGCGCGCGCAGCGGGCCCAAGACCUUAUCUUUCAGCCUGGAAUAAUUCUAAUUACACAGGGUCAGCCAAAAGCAAACAAAUGAGUUUGUUUGCUGUGUGCAGUCAUCGUGGAACUUCACGUUUUCAAAUGUCACUUAGGUAGCUGCGGUGGUUACUUUCCUUGCGCACAUUUAAAGCUUUCCUUACAUGCCGACGAAUAGCUUAAGGACGUUUUAGUAGCAGUAUAAGCAGAGACACCCCCCCCCCCCCCCC